UUGCCUCUUCAAAUUUUAAAAUUAAUCUUUCACUCCAAUUAACUACUCUCUUAACUGAAAAUACACUUUGCAGGCCGACAACAUGACAGAAGAAAGCGGACCACAGGAGCUGAGCUUCCAGCCAAAGUUUUUCACAAACGCCUCGAACAAGAAGACUAUCGCCAAUAAGGAUGUGUACACUCAGCUAAAGAAGCUGUCAAAGGAGCUCAACGGACUAGAGCAAGAGACAGCCAACACGCACUCGCUCGAUGCGGUCACCCGCCAGCUGAUUUCACCAUCACUGCUCCGGCACAAAGAGUCCGGCGUAGUUGCGUACGUGUCCUGCUGCAUAGCCGACAUCCUGCGGCUAUACGCACCCGAGGCGCCAUACAACGACGGAGAGAUCAAACAGAUAUUCAACGUAUUCAUCGAUCAGCUCCAUCUCUUAAGCAAAACCGAAGAUCAAUUUUUCCCGCUCCGAGAGUACCUGCUCACCAGCCUGGCCACAGUGCGCACGCCUGCCCUGGUUGCCAUGCUCCCGGAUGCCGAAGACAUUAUAUCGCGGUUUUUCACCGUGCUCAUUGGUGUUGUGAAUCCGAGCUUGCCACACAGCCUUCAUAUGCAGAUCCUGGACAUAUUGCAGCAGCUGCUGGAGGAACCAAAGACCGUGCCGCAGGACGUUAUUGAUGUGAUUCUGCUGCAGUUCACCAAGAAGCGGCAGCAGGACAACCCGGCGGCGCACCAGCUGGCCAGCGAUCUAGCCAACGGCACUUCUGACGUGCUGCAAAAGUACAUUUACCAGUACUUCAACGAUGUGAUUGUCAGCGCGGCACAGCAGCGGGCCGGGCAAAUGCAAGAGCAACAGGCUGAUGGCGAUGGCCAAGCGCAGCGUCGCAUCUCUGGGUCGAGUAGUUCCCUGGACGACCUGCGGUCAGCGCACUACUUGAUCCUGGAGCUGAACAAGUCGGCGCCAGGCACGCUGCUUAACGUUAUUCCGCAGCUCGAGGAGGAGCUGAGCGUCGAGGAUGUGGACAUCCGCAUUCUGGCAACCGGCGUUCUGGGCGAGAUGUUUGCUGAAAAGGGAUUCACGCUUGCCAAGCGCUACGAGUCGACAUGGAAGGCGUGGAAAGGCCGUCGCGCAGAUACUUUGCCGCUGGUGCGCAUCCAGUGGGUAGAGCACGCAGUGUCGCUGUACCAGCAUCAGCCGCAGUUGUCGCGUGAGCUCAACGACUAUGUUGUGGAGAAGCUCUGCGAUGUUGACGACAAGGUUCGCCAGGCCGCGUGUCGCUCACUGGGGCUGCUGGAGGUGACACAGGUCGUGCAGGCGGCCAUCGGCGAGAACGUUGUCGACAUGCUGGGCGAGCGGUGCAAGGACCGCAAGGCCGCCGUCAGGUCGGAGGCCAUCAUUGCACUGGCCAACAUCUACAGCCAGAUAUACGAGGAGCUCGAGCAGGGGAAUGCCGCGGCGCACAGCAAGUGGGGCAGCAUUCCGUCCAAAAUAUUCAUGCUGCGCUACAUCAACGACCCGGACAUUGACUCCAAGGUCGAGAGCAUUCUGACGGGCGCGAUCCUCAACUUUGCAAAAAUCAAAGACGACCGGUCGCGGUGCCAGCGUCUGCUCGUGGUGUUCAACAGCCUGACAACCAAGGCGCGCAGCGGGUUUUACAGCUACAUGCGGCGGCAGCGCGACAUAAUCAGUCUGACUGACGCGUUCCUAGACCUCUGCGAGAAACAGGACCAGGGCACUGCGGUCGACACAGAGGGUGCCACGGCUGACCAGCAGCUGCGCGUGCUGACCGUCAAGAUCAGCGCUUGCUUCCCGGAGCGGGCCAAAGUGGAAAACGCGCUGGCGCAGCUCGCUGCCCUGCACGACAGUGAGGUGUACAGGGGCCUGCGCGCCACAAUGGACGCGGAGAACGACAUCAAGGCCGUGCGCAAACAUCAGAAGAGCGCGUUGAAGAAGCUUUCGACACUGGCGCCCAACCUCCUCGACGCUACGGCGCCUCUGUGGAAGUGCGUGGGCCUGACCACCACCAACCGGGCACUAGUGCCAUUUCUGAUCGAGCACGCAUCAUCAUCGGCAAACGCAAUGGGCGCAAAGAGUGGCUCGCACGGGAAGCUCAGCGGUGCUGCGGGCGUUCUGGUGGGAUACAUCACGGACGUGUUUCCCGAGAUGCUGCAGUUCAGCUCGGCAGAGCUGUUUGACGUGGACGAGCUGCGCACGGGCACGGUGGUGGCGACUGAGGAGAGGCUGGCAUUGAUGGUCAAGUUUGCCAAGGCCAUUCCACGGUCCAUACCUCAUGACCCCGAGCUCGAAAGCCAGCUUGCCUUAUUUGUGCGCUCAGGCGCGUCUGUGCGACAGGCAAAGUAUUCGGCGUUCCUGGUGACGCAGAUUGGGGGCGCCGAGGGCCUCUGCGCGGCGCUGACGGGCGACAUGGUGGACAACCUGGACAACACUCAUAUCAAACGCCGCGCACCAUCGUAUGCGGCUCUUUCAAGGUUUGCGCAGUAUGCGCCGGCGGCAUUUGCGAUUUACUCUGAGCGCAUAAGCACGUACCUUGUGCAGAGCGUGCUGAUGGGCGGCCAGGGGGAGAUUGUGGGUGACGACGCCAUGGAGGCGGACGACUGGGUAGCGCGCGAUGCGCUCGGCGACGCUGCGCUGACCAAGAUCUACGCCGUCAAGAUCUUGACCAACUGGCUUGUGGGCAUUGAUCGCCAGACGCUGACGCGCGAGAGCGUGCAGACGGUUCUGGGGGCACUACGGCAGCUGGUGCGCAACGGAGGCGAGAUCCGCCAGGACGGAAGCACUUCGGCGCUGGAUCGCCAGCAUCUGCUUUUGACCGCGGCCACGUGCAUGCUCAAGCUUGCGUCCCUGGUGCACUUUGAUAAGGUUCUCAACGUGUCCGACGUGCUCAGCCUAUCUAUGGUUGUCCAGCACCCAUGCUACGAGGUGCGCUCGGCCAUGCUAUUGAAGAAGCUUGUGCCUGCGCUUGUCGCCCGGCGGAUCCACGUGCGCUUCAUCCCGGCGCUAUUCCUGGUAGCUCAUGAUCCUGAGGCAGCUAUGCGCGAUAACGUGAAGCACGCUGUGGAGCUGCACCUGUCGCAGAUCAGGCCCACACCCGGAUCACCCUCGGUGGUUGAAGAUAGUUUCUGCCGUAUGCUGUUUACGCUGGCGCACCACCCAGACUGGGACGACUCGCAGAUGGUUGAUACCCUGGAGCUUUUCACACGGUACAUCGAGUUCUACAUCAGCUGCGUGUGUGCUGCGCAAAACGUCUCGCUUCUGUUCUGCUAUGCAGGAGAAAUCAAGGCGUAUAAGAACAGAUUGAGCACCGACCCUAUGAACAGAGACACGCUCAAUGACGUGUUCACCAAGCGGCUGUAUGUGCUGAGCGAGCUGGCGCAGUAUCUGCUGCGGGAAAAGAGCAUUUCGUCUAAUUGGCCGGUCAACGUGUAUCCAGGUAAACUGUCGCUGCCUGCGGAUAUUUUUGAGCCGUUGUCGAGCGAGGACAAGGAGAAUGCGCCGCGUAGCCAGCUGUUUUUGGACGCCGAGUUUAUCCAGAGGCGUGCCAGGGCUCCGGCUGCGUCGAGGGCGAAUGCUGCUGCUGCUAAGCGCAGUCGCUCGAGAUCAAAUGCCGCAGCCAAUGCUAAGCGCUCAAAGAACGGCGCAGCCAUCGUGAGCAAUGCCGCGGGAGGGCAGACCAUCAGAUCCGAGAGCAAGAGCAAGAGCAAAAGCAAAAGCAAAAGCAAAAGCAAAAGCAAAAGCAAAAGCAAGGCCAGGGGCAAGCGGGCAGCUGCUGGCAGUGACAGCGAUGACGAUGAGGAUGAGGACGAUGUCAAUAUGGACAACAGCGAGGAUGAUAUGGCCGAGGACGUCGAGAUGUCCAGUGUGGCCGAAACCAGCGAUGAAGAGUAAUGGGUGCAAUAACAAACCUUUAUAUUAACUGGUCUUGUAUUGCCUAAUAAAAUUGAUUAUAUUAAAGUGCAUAAAGCCUGCGUUUUGAUCACUUGCAGUGCAAUGCACGUGUUUGCUUGAGCCGACUGGACGCGUGUGGUUCGCGACUCUAAAAUACCCUGCUUUCUGUUUUUUUUAUUUUUAUUUUUCCCGAGA